AGGUGUCAAAAUUUUGGAGUGCAGAUCAUAUUGGAGCGAUCGUCGAGGUAGCAUCGUAUUUUAUCCAACAGCAUGUCCAAUAGCAAAGUCGCCGUUCGGAAGAGUGGACAGAAACGGAGGCGAGAGGAAGAUGAUUCCACUUCGGUACAGGAUGAAGAAGAUAGUCGAAGCGGACUCACAAUGGUUUCCAUACCAAAAGGAAAAGAGAAAGAUGUAGAAUAUUCUGCACCAAAGUCGCAAAAAUUGACGGAUUUAGAUGAAGAAGGUAUCAAAGAAGGAGAGGAUGGUAACGUUAUCGAACAGACGCAUUAUAUAAUCAUACCAUCGUAUGCAGCAUGGUUUGAUUAUAAUGCUAUUCAUCAGAUCGAAAAACGUGGAGUGCCUGAAUUUUUUAAUGGCCGAAACAAAAGCAAAUCACCCGAAGUAUAUAUGGCUUAUCGUAAUUUCAUGAUUGAUACAUAUCGUUUGAAUCCUUUUGAAUAUUUGUCUUCUACAGCAUGUCGAAGAAAUCUUGGCGGUGAUGUAUGCUCUAUAUUACGAGUGCAUUCAUUUUUGGAACAGUGGGGUCUUAUAAACUACCAGGUUGAUUCGGAAGCACGCCCAGCACCAGUAGCACCCCCGUGUACUUCUCAUUUUAUGGUACUGGCGGAUACACCAAUGGGCAUUCAGCCCAUACAACCAACUCCGAAUCUCUCUCAGUCUAUGCAAAUGUUGGAUGAAGAGUUUGGAGUGAUGAAAUUAAAAAGAAAAAGAGAAAAAGAAAAGGAUAAAGAAAAAGAUGAUGAAAGUACAAAAGAUGAGGGUAACGUGACGGUCAAGAUUGAAAAGUUAGGUGAUGCUGGCUUGAAGACCGAUAUGUAUGCAAAGCACCUUGCUACGAUGAAGAUGCGAGGAGCAGCUCCAAACAGAGACUGGACUGAUCAGGAAACGCUAUUGCUAUUGGAAGGUUUAGAAAUGUUCAAGGAUGAUUGGAACAAAGUUGCUGAUCAUGUUGGGUCUCGCACACAAGAUGAAUGCAUUAUGCGGUUCUUGCAGUUGCCUAUUCAGGACCCAUAUUUAGAAGAUGGAGGUGCCGAAGCUGAGGUUUUGGGUCCUCUAGCUUACCAGCCAAUGGCAUUCAGCCAAGCAGGUAACCCAAUAAUGUCGACGGUAGCAUUCCUCGCGUCCGUUGUUGAUCCGCGAGUUGCAUCCAAAGCUGCAAAAGCUGCAUUAGAAGAAUUUGCGAAGAUGAAAGAGGAAGUGCCUCCGUUGGUUGCUGAAGCGCAUGCCCUUAACGUAGAAGCGGCAUCAGCAGGUGGUAAGAUUGAUGGUAGUGCAGGUCUGAGUGUUUCUGGAAUUGCUGAUGACAAAACCGACAAAGAUAAAGGGCCAGAACCGAUGGAUAUUCAGUCUGAAGAAAUGAAAAGUUGUUCUUCAGCUGAGGGGAACAAAGAAGCAGCUGAAUCAUGCGAUAAGCAGAAAGAAGAUAAUAAAAGUAAAGUUUCUGAAACAGUGCAAGCGGCAGCUGCUGCAGCGCUUGCUGCAGCUGCAGUGAAAGCAAAGCAUCUAGCUGCGAUAGAAGAAAGACGCAUCAAGUCAUUGGUUGCCCAAUUAGUCGAAACACAAAUGAAGAAGCUGGAAAUGAAAUUACGUCACUUUGAUGAACUUGAAGCAAUAAUGGAUAAAGAACGAGAGGCGCUUGAAUAUCAACGACAGCAACUAAUUCUGGAACGACAGUCGUUUCACAUGGAUCAAUUACGUUAUCUUGAACAACGUGCUAAACAUGAAGCACAGUCAAAGCUUGUUGCCGGUGGUCAGCUACCGCCAAGCUUACCACCUGGUUUUGAAGUUAGCGGUCCACCUCAGCCUCAGCAGCAAGUGCAAGUACCCGCACAUUCUGUGGGUGUUUCUACCUCCUCUAUGUCAUCCACAUGUCCACCAGCUGGAGGUCUAGCAUCAAUGCAAGCACAAAUGCCUCAUGAUAGUGCUCAAAAAAUGGAUACCUCAGAGACGUCAGCUACUGCAGUAUCCGUUGCUAUGCCUCAAGUGUCGCAGGCACUUAUUCCAGCUUCUCCUUUAGUAACACCGCAAUCAAACAUUACUGCAGUACCAUUGCAACCAAAUAUAACUGCCGUACCGCCUCAAUCAACUAUGACUGCUGGACCACCGCAAUCAAGUAUGACUGUAGUACCACCACAAGCAAGCAUGUCAGCAGUAUCAUCACAACCAAAUAUGACUGCGAUACCACCGCAGGUGCAGCAACAGCAGCAUCCACAAACCCAGCAACCUCCACAACCUAUCCAGACUCUACAGCCGCCACCUCAGCAACCAAGCUCUACAACUGGUACUAUAAAUGUCCCUCAAGUGAUGAGUGUGCAACCACAACAGCACUUACCACCACCACCACAGCAGCAGCAGCAACAACAACAACAACAGCAGCAGCAGCAAGUACCGCCACCUCAGCAACAAUAUCAACAAGCUCCAGUCCCACCUCAGCAACAGCCACCACCUCAGCAGCAGCCUUAUCCCCCUCAGGGUGGUUAUCAACCACAGCAGCAAUAUCCACAAUAUGCGCAGAAUACUUCGCCACAGCAGUAUCCUCCACAAGGUUAUCAAAAUGCACCAUCACAAGGAUACUACGGGCAGCCUGGAACUCGACCGCCUUAUCCGCAGCAGUAUGCGCAGCGACCGCCUUAUCAACAGCCGAUGCAGGCUUAUGGACAACCAGUACGGCCAAGUUUUCCACCGACUUCGGUAGCAGCUCCACCACCAGGUCAAAGCUAUGGUUAUCCUCAGGGCUAUCCACCACAAGGACCACAGUAUGCACCACCUGGUGGUUAUGCGCAUCCGCAAGGGCAGCAAGCACCUCCGCCAACUUCAAUGCCUCAAUCAGUAGAGUCUUCGGAUGCUGCUACGCCACCUAUGCACCAGGGAACGCCGUCAAAUCAGCAAUAA